AAUUGACAAGCUGUGCAUGAAUAAAUAUAGACGAAAAUAAAAUUGUUCAUGUUAAAUUAUUGAGCUCAUUUCUUUAAACUUGACGCUCUUUCUGGCCUUGGUCAGUUAAAACUACAAAUAAAUUAAAUAUAACCUGUGCAACAUAUGGCAGAGUCUAAAAGUUUCAGUGUAACCAUAAAAUGGAGUGGUAGUGAAUAUGUUGUUGAGAAUAUUGAGCCUUCUUGGACAGUACUACAACUGAAACAACAAAUAUGUAAACAGACUGGCGUGCUACCUGAAAGACAGAAGCUGUUAGGUCUAAAAUAUAAAGGUUAGCAAAAUGUUUGGAUUUUAUAAUUAUCUAUUAAUUCUAUAUAACAGGGGAGGGGGCUCAGGGUGAGGCCAUGAGGGGAAUUACCGAAUUAAUCACCCUAUUAUGGAGACAGGCAAUGGUGAAUUUGUAAGAUAAGCUGCACUGGCCUCUUAUUGUAAAUGUUUUGAAAUCUUUGAAUACCAGCACAUAUACUGUAUAUUACCUUUUUCUAAUUGUAAAGACAGGCCAUAAAUUAACUUGGUCAGUUUAGAAGGAUAUUUUAUCGACCAUCUGGAUUCAUCCCCACCAGCCAGUUGAUGUAAAUUAUCCUGUCCAGACAGUGGGGGGAUGCACCUCCCUAUCCGCACAGUAUUGGCACAAAUGGUAGCCGUUGGCUAAGCUCUCUAAAACUGACAAUGUUGUGAAUUAAUCAAAUUAUAAAAAUUAUCAAAAGGACUUUUAAUAGUACUGACUUGCUGAUGAGAUUAGAAUUUUUUAACGAAGCUAGUGGAAGUAUGAAUUAUGUUAAUUACUGGUUAUUAUGAUCAAAGGCAAAGUUCCAGGAGAUGAUAUCAAGGUGUCCUUGCUGUCUCUAAAGCCAAAUGCUAAAGUCAUGAUGAUGGGUACAAGAGAAGAAAAUUUGGUAAAGUAUAAAACAUUCAUUGUUAGGACUUUGGUGAAGAUACAGGAUAAUGUAUAGAAAUAGGUUAUUUUAGAAGAUUCACACUCUAGAAAUUUCUGCCAUCUGGAAGCAGAGGGGGGAAAUCUACUUCUGAUAAUAGGAAAUGCACUAGAACAUCCAAAGGGGGGAGGGGUUAAACUUCCAAUUUCCUCCAUCGGGCAGGUGUAGAUGUUUCUGGAAUGACUUAAUGGCAGGUUUCCCAACAUAUAUUUUUUCCAGCCAAAUCAAUAAGCCGUCCUCUCUAUUACCACUUUAAACAUGUUUGAAAUAAGUACCCCCCUUAUGUUAUAUUAUAACAUAUUGUCCACUAUCAAAGGCAAGUGUUCUGGCAUCAUCCAGUGAAAAAGAUGGUGGUGAUGUAAUCAAUGAUUUUGAUAUUGAAGAAGAGGAAAUUCUUAUAGAAAACAGGUUGGAAAGUGUGGGAAACUAAAUAUUAGCAGUUUAGCAGGUCAUAUUUAUAGUUUGUUGAAGAAAUUCUUAUUGAACAGAAGUUGGAAAUUGUAGAAAACUUGUAAUGGAAAGAGCUUGGCAUAGUAUAUAUGGAGGAAUUAUCCAAAGGAAAUUAUUAAACAUCAUGACAAUCACUGCAUGGAGAAAUUAGUAUCCAGGAUUUUGAGUUUGGUUCAAAUCCCCAUUUGGAUUUGAUAUUAGACACUCAACUAACUUCAAUUAUGCACAAAUUAUCUUAACUUCAGACAGCCAACUGUUGACUUCAAAAUAGCUACGCCUACGAUUUGAAGUUUUCCAUUUGCAAUUAGCCAGUCUGCCAUUAAUGCACAAGGUUCUGAUAAUAAAAUUCUGUCUUAGAGAUGAAUAUUUGGCUAAAAUCGCGAGACGAGUCAAGGAAUAUGAGGUCAAAGUGUUGAAUGAGCCUCGAUCCGGAAAGAAACUGUUGGUCUUGGAUGUUGAUUACACGUUAUUUGGUAGGAAUGUGCUGUUUCCAAAAAUUAAAGUAUCAUCGGCAAAUAUAUCGCCAUGCAAAACUACAAAGAAAUUAGAAAUGAAUUUGUUCGAAUUGUAUUUUACUAAAAUAUGUAGUGGUUAAUAGAAUUAAUUAAUUUCUUCCAGUAAUUUUAUAAAUCUGCUCCAAACACGCAAUCAAACAGCGGCCAGUCCGCAACCAAUCCACAUGAAGUUGGACCACAUUAGUACAUUACGGCAUUAGAAAGGUUCAGAUUUGAUUUCCACUAAUACUACCACUACCUGGCUUAGUACGUGUCUAAU